GUUAUACUGUGAUUGAAGCGGUUAGUUGAACUAGCUAGCAUUGGUUACACAUCGAUGACGUCGCAUGUAUUACUGUUUCUAUUACUGCUACUGGGAGCUCAGCUGCAGGCACAACUGGAAGUACCAGAAUCGAGUGAUAAUGUACCUACACACUUUGGGAAUUGCUUAACGGACCUCGGCUCUGGACAAUGUGUGUAUCGCAGCAAAUGUGUUUUUCCUGAAUAUUUGAAUAAACUAGAUGUCGAGAGCAACCGGCAAUGCUACUCGCUGCAGAGACCCGGAUUGGUAUGUUGCCCUACUGAACAAAAUGUUUUGCCUUUGUUGUCAGUGAGAGUAUUACCAGGAGUUCAAACAGGGAAGCAAGAAACGACAGAGCUGCCCAGAUAUCCACACUGUGGCGCUUCUUUUGCCUAUAGAGUGAUCGGCGGCAAAAACACUGAACUGUUCGAAUUUCCCUGGACCGCACUAUUGGAAUACACGGUACGCGAAAAUGGAAACAAACAACACAUUUGCGGUGCCUCGUUCAUUGCUUCACGAUGGCUCCUUACGGCAGCCCAUUGCGUUCACAGCCAUUUUGUUGGAAAUUAUCGAACAUUGACAGGGGCCCGUCUGGGCGAAUGGAAUAAGACGAGUAAUCCAGACUGCAUAAUCCAGUUGAAUGGAAAGCAGGAAUGUGCACCGCCACACGUUCAAGUCAGCAUCGAUCUAAAAAUUAUGCAUCCACAGUUUGACUCAGAAAACUUAACUCAUGACAUUGCAUUGUUGCGUCUCGCACAACCGAUAGAUUGGCACCAGCACCAGCACGUGGAGCCCGUUUGCCUACCGCCAGCGCGUGGCUCACGCGCCAAUCAGCUCGUGAGCAGCGCUGCUGACGUUUCGGGCUGGGGCGCUACCGAGCAUAACAAUCAGCCUAGCGAUGUGAAGCGCAAGGCCGUACUCUACGUCCAGCCGCAAGAACAGUGUGAGGCGUCUUUUCGCCAGCUUGGCUACACCAUUAAUAAUGGUCAGCUUUGUGCCUCAGGUGGUGUUAACGUCGAUUCUUGUUUAGGCGAUUCAGGUGGUCCGCUCACCGUCGAAGCGUACACGCCCCAGAAAGAUCACUACGUUUAUCAGGCCGGCAUAGUUUCGUACGGCAAAGAGAUUUGCGGAGAGACAGACUUUCCCGGCGUUUACACAAGAGUCAGCACUUACAUGGACUGGAUUGAACAGACCAUAAACAACAACAGCAAAACCCCUGGAAACAUUAGUUAGGAACAAUUACAAG